UAUCUGGGCGUCCCUCCAGGAAGAGGAAGCUGCCCCCUGACGGGACCUUUGCCCUUUGACCUCAUCUACACCGACUACCACGGCUUACAGCAAAUGAAGCAGCACAUGGGUCUGUCUCUGAGAAAGCACAAGUGCCACAUUCGAGUGAUUGACACCUUUGGCACGGAGCCUGCCUACAACCACGAGGAAUAUGCGACUCUUCAUGGCUACAGGACCAACUGGGGUUACUGGAACCUUCACGGCCAGCAGUACAUGACAAUGUUCCCCCACACUCCAGACAACUCUUUUAUGGGUUUUGUGGCAGAGGAGCUGAAUGAGACCGAGAGACUCCAUAUUCAGAGGAACAAGGUCCACAAUAUGGCCGUUGUCUAUGGAAAAGAUGCCAGCAUGUGGAAAGGUAAAGAAAACUUUCUGACGGUUCUGCAUCGCUACAUGGAGAUCCAUGGGACAGUGUACUUUGAGACCCAGCGUCCCCCGGAGGUCCCUGCCUUUGUUAAAAACCAUGGCUUGUUGCCUCAGCAGGAGCUGCAGCAGCUCCUCAGAAAAGCCAAGCUAUUCAUUGGAUUUGGCUUCCCAUAUGAGGGUCCUGCUCCCUUAGAGGCCAUAGCUAAUGGCUGCAUAUUUCUUCAGCCCAAGUUUAACCCCCCGCACAGCUCCCUCAAUCAUGAGUUCUUCAGAGGCAAGCCGACCUCCAGGAAGGUAUCUUCUCAGCAUCCCUAUGCAGAACAGUAUAUUGGCAGGCCACACGUCAUCACCAUCAACUUCAAUAACUCUGAGGAGUUAGAAGCAGCCAUCCGUGAGAUCAUGGAGAUCAAUGUGGAGCCCUUCCUGCCGUACGAGUACACCUGCGAGGGAAUGCUUGAGAGAGUUCAUGCUUACAUUCAGUAUCAGGACUUUUGCUCUCCUGAGGUUCCUUUCCCCCCAGCAAACUUGUCGCGGCAGUCACUCAGAAGCCCGUUCAUCCCCCUCCCUAACUCCCGGAUCUUAUCCUGGGCUUCCAACGCCAGCUCCUUCUCAUCGUGGCCUCCUCUCACUGCAUUGCGGCUCUUAACAUCUCAGCCGGGCCGGUCUUGCGUGGAGGCGUGCCAGAGCGAAGGACUGAUCUGUGAACCUGCCUUUUACCGUUUCAUCAACAUUAAGGAGGCCUUUAGCAAGCUGGACCUCCAGUGCGAGGGAUUGGAGUCAGAGAUGAAUCACCUCUUCCCUGCCUUCUCAGCUGAUCAUGCCGAGUGUGGCCUCCAGCGGGACCCGCUGCUGUUCAGCUGCGCUGGCUCCAGCGCCAAAUACCAGCGCCUUUGUCCCUGCCGGGACUACCGAAAAGGACAGGUGGCACUGUGCAGGGACUGCCUA